CUUGACACGAUGAAGAUAGGCUAUUGUGAAGAGCAUCAUCAUGCAUAUACCCAACAUGUGUAACAAGACAGAGGGUCGUAGGUCAGCAAAGUGAGUGAAAGGUCACGACAAUACAAUGACCACCACGCUGACCAAGGGUCCAAUUCCGGCCCACCACACCAGGGACCCCUCUAUGAAAAAUUACAGCUCGCCACGCCCUGCCCCCAGGGUCAAGCCAGAAGCCUCAGAGUCUUACAAAAAGCACCUGGGAACGGUGGGGGCGUGGUUCGAUCAGAAGGCCAAUAAAAGUUAUAACUCACCACGACCCCCAGGGCGCUGCCCGUCGCCGGAAUCCAAAAUGCUCCGACAAGACCACGAGACGGGGCACAUGGGGGAUCUUUUGGGGAAAUCGGCCAAUUUUCCAAGUUCUGGCCCCAGGGAGCAUACGCCUGUCCCCAGGGUAAAGCCUGAAGCGCACGACAUUGCCGAGCAUCACAAGGGAGGGAAUAUGUCAAAUCUGAUGCAUAAAUAUGGAAAGCUCCCUCUGUCGGCAAGAUCUCCACCUAGAGUUAAACCCGAAGCUGAAGAGACGGCUGAAAACCACAAAGGAAAAGGAAUGUCAAAUUUGCUGCACAGUUACGGGAGACUCCCCCUGUCUGCACGCGCACCACCGCGCGUGAAACCGGAAGCUGAAGAAAAUGCGGCAUUAGACAAAGGGGGGCGAAUGUCAAAUUUGCUACAUCGAUACGGAAAAAAUCAGCGAACGCCCCGCCCCGUCCCACGUGUGAAACCCGAAGCAGAAGAAACUGCUUGGAAUGCUACAGGCCACAGCGCACAGAGGCUGUUACAACCACAGCUUCCAACCCCCCGGAGACCCAGGACUAGUACAGAGGCAACGUGGGGAGGGUAUUCGCGUGGAGGAACUGACAGAUCUGACCGAUCACACAGAAGAUCGUCGACUGUUGUUUGGUGAAAUAACGUUGAUAUAAAUUUGUGCAAAAAUAAUUUAAAUCGAUUACAUGGACAGUGCAUUGUUUCAAGAGAGCAUCCACGCUAAUUUGUAAAAAAUCUGUAUAUUCCUUUAUAUGCAUUUAUUAUUCUCAUUAUUUAAUUCAUCAUUCAUUGAGAAGGGCUCAAAGUUUUACUUGUUGUGGGAAACGUUAAUUAUUAUAGAUCAAACUUCAUAUCUUUUUUAUUGUUUGAUUGAAAUUUGGUUUUUUAUUAUUAGUCUUUAUAGUGGAAUGGAUAUCUCUGAUGUUAUUCUGUUUAAAUUCUUAUUUGUCUUGUUAGAGACGUCAAGCAUUAUUUAACUACAUUGGAAAUUUUACAUUUGAAUUAAUGUUUGAUUUUAUUAAACCUGUGAUCCGUUUUUUUAAUGAAGUAUAGCAUAGGCGUGUUAUGCUAUAUUCCUAUGCUUUGAUUGUCUAAUGAAAUUAAUUGCUCUCCCUUUAUAACUAUUUACUUACCUCAAAGGGAAAUGUUUUAUACACGUAAUAUAUAUUUUUCUUGUGAUUUUAGAAAUAUAUUUUUUAAUUAAUAGAUGUGAUAUGUAAAGUAAGAGCAAGAUUUCAGACCCACCAAGUGUCACUGCCAGACUGAGAGACAAAGACCCCAUUCCCAGAGAUUAGAUCGAUCCAAACUAGAUCGACCUAACUCCCUGGGGGU